AUGUCAUUAGCAAACUUUUCAUUCUCCACAAUCACAUACUUGACCCUUGUUAUUGCCUACACUUUGACCGUUUUAGUUUCACCGACGGUGGAGUUCCGCGCUACGCUAACGCACGUGGAUCACGGUAAAAACCUGAGCAAAAUCGAGCUUUUGCAGCUUGCUCUAGGUCGUGGACAAAAGAGAUUGGAUUGGGUUGAAGCAGCAGCCUUAAAAAGUAGCGGCAAAAUCAAGUCCACUAUUACCGCAUGCCCCAAAUAUCUAUACAGCGAGUACCUAGUAGAACUAAACAUGGGGACUCCACUUCAAACCUUCCGGGCCCUUAUGUCCACUGGUACCGACCUCACAUGGAUCCAAUGCACGUCGUGCAAGACGAAAUGCCCCCCAAAGCCAGCCCACUUCUUCAGCACGGAAAAUUCCAAGUCAUACCACGAAUUGGAAUGCCCGAGCAAGGGACGGGCACACGACAAAUGCACGUACAACGUGAUGUACGCCGACGACGGCUGGUCCAUCGGGAAUCUUGCCACCGAGACCUUCCAGUUCGAGGAAGGCUCGGACCCGGUCCCUAAGCUCGUGUUUGGAUGCGGGUUCAACAACAGUGGGGACCUCCUCGGCGGCUCGGGGGUCCUGGCCCUGGGGCCCACGACCCACUCUUUCGUCUCGCAGCUUGGCGUGACCAAAUUCUCUUACUGCAUGCCGCCAGCUGGCUUGAACGAGGAGGGCGUGCUCGAGAUGGGGGCCGGGGCCUUCGACCGGGUGGACAUCCACACCCCCACGACCCGGCUCAUCGUCAACGGGACCCGACCGUACUACGGCAUCCCGCUCAAGGGGAUUGUCGUGGGCGGGGCGGACCCAAUGCAGGUCGACGGGUCAACGCCCGCGAUCAUUAGCACGGGGACCACGCUCACACUCCUCGAGAGGGGCGUGUUCGAGGACGUGAAACGUCAAUUUGCCAAGAAGAUCGGUCUCUCGCCGGCCAACGGAAGCGAAAUCGACGCUAGUCUCGAGCUAUGCUUCGAUGUCCAAGGCCGCCGGAAGAUAAAGGUUCCGAAGGUGGUGCUCAAGUUCGAGGGGGCCAAAGUGGAGCUGCCGCCGGAGAGCUACUUCGUGGUGGAUGGUGGGGUCGGGUGCUUGGCCAUGGGGGCCGCCGAGGAGGGUGAGCCCAACAUCUUGGGCAAUUUUCAGCAGCAAAAUAUGUUGGUGGCUUAUGACAUAGCUAACGGGACGAUUUCCUUUGUGCCCAAUACACAAUGUGGUGACAUGUGA